AUGAAAUUCGAUUACGUGCUACAAUUGCCACUUGGAGAUUUUUUGUUGAAAAAUAUGUUACAUUUUCGUGGUCAUGAUGAGUCGGAUGACUCCAUUUCCAGAGGGAUUUUCAUUGAAACAUUAUCUUUGAUUAGAGAACACAAUGAGAGUAUUUAUAAUGUUACCUUAGAAAAGGCUCCGAAGAACGAUAAAUUGACAUCUCCAAAGAUUCAGAAAGAUAUUGUUGAAUGUUUUUCAAAAGAAAUAAUAAAGUCCAUUUGUGAUGAAAUUGGUAAGGAUGUGUUUGCCAUAUUAGUUGACGAGUCUAGUGAUGUAUCUAAAAAGGAGAAAAUGGCUAUGGUUUUGAGAUAUGUUGAUAGACUUAGAGUUGUUAAGGAGAGAUUUACUGGAGUUAUUCACGUGACAGAUACAUCUUCUUUGACUCUUAAAGCUGCCAUUGAUUACAUAUUUACUGACAAUAAAUUAAGCAUGGCUCAGAUAAGAGGGCAAGGUUAUGAUGGAGCAAGUAAUAUGUGUGGUGAGUUUAACGGUUUGAAAGCGUUGAUCUUAAGAGAUAAUAAGCCAACAUAUUAUGUACAUUGUUUUACUUACCAACUUCAAUUAAUGAUCGUGGCGGUUGCAAAGAAUCAUGAUGGUGCUCAUAACUUCUUUGAGCAACUAGCUUUGGUGGUUAAUGUGGUUUAUGCUUCCUGCAAAAGAAAGGAUAUCGUACGAGAGAGCUACAAAAAGAGAUUAAAAACGAAAAUUGGUAUUGGUGAAACUGAAACUGGAAGAGGGUUGAAUCAAGAGCUUUCUCUAAUUCGAGAAGGAGAUACAAGAUGGGGUUCCCAUUAUAAAAUAAUCAUAAGUUUGAUGAAUUUGUUUCUUGAAGUUAUUGAGGUGCUUAAAUAUGUUGAAAAGGAUGGCUCAACUUUAUCUAACCGAAAUCAAGCGUCUCACGGAUACCUUGUCAAGACAUCUUCAAAGAAAAAUCAAGAUAUUUUGGAAGUGGCUUCAUUGGUAAGAGGAACAAAGAAAUCAUUGCAAACUUUAAGAAAUGACGUGUUUGGUUCAAUUUUAAAGAAAGUAUAUUAUUUUUGUAAAAAACAUAGCAUUGAAACUUUGGAUAUGUCGGAAUAUUAUGUUACUCCAAGAAACCGUAGGACCAAGAUUACUAAUCAGUAUCAUUUUGAGGUUGAGAUUUUUAACACGGUUUUGGAUAUGCAAAUUCAAGAAUUUAGGGAUCGAUUUAGUGAGGUAAGCAUCAAAUUGCUAGAAAACAUGGCGGCUUUGAGUCCUUGUGAUUCAUUUUCUAAGUUUGAUAAACCAAAGUUGUUGAAGUUAAGUGAGAUGUACCCAGAUGAUUUUAGUGAUUCAGAAAGGGCAUAUCUUCUUGGUCAACUUGAUAUCUACUAUCACUGUUUGCUACAUGAUGAAAGAUUUGCUAACUUGAAUGGAAUUGCUGACCUUUCUCGCUUGAUGGUGGAAACAGGGAAACAUCAUUCUUUUCCUUUGGUCUAUAGGUUAUUAAAGUUAGUUUUGGUUCUGCUGGUUGCAACUGCAAUGGUUGAAUGA